CAAAUUUGUUGUCAGUUUAAAUAUUUAAAAUUCCGUGCUGUCAGCUGUGUUCAAGUGCUUCGUCAGAAAGCAUGUUUAGCUUCAGGAAAACAGUGAAAUCCAAACCUCUCAUUGAUAACAGGUAUAAAAUACUUAACCAAAUUGGUGAAGGUUCUUUUGGAUAUAUUUACUUAGGAGAAGAUACCAAACGAAAAUUAGAAGUAGCCAUAAAAGUAGAGAGAAAAAAAAAGGAACAUAAGCAGCUAGAUAAUGAAAGAAAUAUGUAUACUGCUUUAAAAGGAGGUUCAGGUAUACCUUGUAUAUAUUACUUUGGUUCUUACAAUAAAACUAGAGUAUUGGUUAUGGAACGUUUGGGCCCAAAUAUAGAAGAUUUGUAUAAUUUUUGCGGACGAGAGUUUAGUUUGAAAACAAUACUGUUAUUAAUGGAUCAAUUACUUGAUCGCAUUGAAUUUAUUCAUUCCAAAGGAAUUGUGCAUCGCGACAUUAAACCACAGAAUUUUUUAACUGGUGUGGAAGACAAUAGAAAUAUCGUUUUUAUAACAGAUUUCGGAUUAUCGAAAUUCUAUUGUAAUCCUAAAACAAAAAAACAUAAUGCCUUUUGUAGAAAUAGAGAGUUGGUGGGAACGGCACGUUUUGCAUCUAUUAAUACGCACACCGGUUGUGAACAAUCUAGACGUGAUGAUAUUGAGGCAAUCGGGUAUUGCGCGUUAUAUUUGCUGAAAGGGAAACUACCAUGGCAAGGUUUAGUAGCAGAGACGCAGCUUCAAAAACAUGAAAAAGUAGUUGAAAAGAAAAUAUCAGUACCGAUAGAAGACCUUUGUAAGGGACUGCCAGAUGAAUUUGCUAUCUUUACUAGAUAUGCUAGAAAAUUACGUUUUGAAGAGUCACCUGAUUAUAAUUACUUAAGGCAUUUGUUUGAAAAUUUAUAUACAAGUCUUGACUUUAAAAACGAUGAUAUAUAUGAUUGGAAUCUUCUUAAAGCAGGAUCAAUUAGCACCAACAAAGAAGGAAGCACUUAUGCUGUUGACAGCUUUUUGUAAAUACUUUAAUUAUCAAACAUAUACAAUUUUAACAUAACAACAAUUGGCACAAUAAAUUUUGCUUAAUACAAACAGAA